ACCAUUGCAUAAGUGUACAAAAUGUCGGAUUUUGAGACUAUGACGGAAUUUAUAACACAAGACUAUCUGAGGUACAAACUUCAAAAGACAGGUUACGACUUUGAAAAUAUUUCAAAAUGGCCGACGGUAUAUUGUCAAACGUGCAAAUCGAAACUAGAGACAGAUGUUUUCACGCGUUGCUAUACCUGUAAUGAUGCCAACAUGUUCACAGUCCCGGAAGACAAGACGGGUGAUGCUCCGUAUGAGAGAGAAUUAAAACUCAUCAGAGAAAUGUGUGAUGCGUCUGAAGACGAAUUCGAAAAGGGAUUCAGGUUAGAUACGUCUAACAUUAACCCCAAUAAAACCACAGUUCAGAGAACUCUUUUGAAGGAAGCCGAUAAAUUAUUCGAAGAGGCAACGCAAUGGGAGGGCAUCGUGUCUUUGCUGAUCCUCAGCGGAUCAUUAGCAACAAGGUGUGCAAUAAAAGGCUAUAUUUCUGAAGCUAAAGGUAUUCAACGCAAUACAAGCUGGUACAUCAACGACAGACUUGGUCAAUGGAUGAAAGAAAAUGGCGGAUGGGAAGGGUUCUCCGACUGGGCAGAACGGUUCAACGCGAACUAUUCUGGAUCUCCCAUGAAGGAAAAGAAGCAAAGGAAGCAGCAUACGCUACAAACCAUAAUAAAAACGGUUCAGAAUAAAAUAAAGAAGAAAGACAUCAAAGCGACAGGCCAUUCCGAGAGCAGUUACUGCCUGACUGACUUUGCUAUGUCACCAAAUAACCCCUCUGUGCCACACAUUAUCGAGAAAUGUGUCGAAUUUAUUGAGGCAGAAGGCUUGAACGCAACGGGUAUUCAUCGAAUACCAGGAGACCCGGAUCAAGUGGACCUUCUUACAGCUCGCUUUGAGGAAGAUUCUAAUGUGGACAUCUCAACCCUGGGAAUUGAGGUGCAUGCGGUUGCCAUGGUGCUUAGGAAGCUUUUUGCCACCCUCACCGAACCGCUAGUACCCGUCUCCAUCUACGAGGAUCUCGUUGAGGUGUCAUGCGUCCAAGAUAAAAGUGACUGCAUCAGAGCGUUAAAAGGCUUCUUACUGCAGAUGCAUCCGCUCAACUUCAAAGUUCUCAAGUUUCUGAUCGAUCAUCUUCAUAAAGUUAGCCAGAAAAGUGAAGAGAAAAGCAGGGACUCCAAAUUCUUAUCCCAUUACUGGUGGCCAAUUUUAUUUCGGGUUAAAUUUGAUUCAUUCGAAAAAAUGGUUAAAUACUCAGAAAUACUGGAAGACCUUCUGCAAACAUUAAUCGAACAUGGCAUGAGCUUUUCUUUCUGUCCAUGGGAGGAGCAGUAAUUCUUGAAUGACUAUAAAUGGUUAGCUGUCAUGUCUAAAAAUAUCGCAACAAUAAUGUAUAUUUUUUGUUCAUCACUGAAACAAAAUACAUUUGAAAAUUCAAUUAUACUUACUCUUGUUAAAAAUAAUAUCAUGAAUGUGAACUUCAGCAAGUUAAUCCAGAGCAACACACACAGAGUGACACGAUAAAAUGAAGACUGAACCUGCUCCAGACAUUGUACACGUUGAAGACUAGGGGUAUCAUCAAGGAUCAAAUAUUAAAAACUAGGCAUAAAAUGUAUUUCUUGGAAUAUUUGUGGAAUAUAUAGUAAACUAAGAAAUGUAGAAUUUAUGGAAUAUUGAUUUCAUUUGAUGUUGUAUGUCUACAAGAAACUUGGUGUUGAGAUCUUAAUGAUAUUCAACAUAUUUUAAUAUUCAACAUAUUUUACCGAGAUAUUUUUGUUAUUUAUGUCCUGCCAAACAUUCUCCUAAAGCUGGUAGAAAUAUGGGAGGAGUAGUGAUAUAUAUAAAAGAGGACCUCGUAAAUCAUGUUAAACGUAUUUGUGAAGAUUUCAUUUUCGGAAUUAUACUAGUUUUUACUUGUUUUUAAUUUGUGUUUGGACUAGAUUAAGACUAUUUGUCUCUUUUUUAUGAUGAUGAAGCAUGUUAUGGAUUGGUCGAGUUUGAA